AUGCCCACCCCACCCUCUCCAACUCGCUCAGCAUGCCUCCACUGCUCGGCCCACUCGCCCCACGCCCAGAUUUGCCCAACUCUCGCACCCUCACCCAGUCUCGCCCAAUGCCCCCUUUCAAUGCCACCUCCAGUCACGCCCAAGCCCUCACAUGGCCCACCCCACGCCGCCAAUGUCCCAAUGCCCACGUCCACCCCCAAGGUUGGCCCAAUGCCCAUGCCCCACCCACCAACCCAAUGCCCCCCUCCCCCCUCGACCCCCCACCCGACCCCCAUCCCCCCCCACCCCCAACCUCGAAAUGCUCCCACACACCCAUCCUCCAACUCCGAGGGACCCCCCCCACCCCCCAACCAAUGCGCGUCCGCCCCUGCCCGCCCGCACCUUCCCGCUGGAAAACCCAAUCUUGCCUCCCUCUACGCCCAGAAGCCCGCAGCAUGCCCACUCGCCACCCACAGCCCGCCUCUCUGUUCCCACCCCAAACCACACACCAACCAAUUGCCUGACCACCCCCAACCCGCCUCCCUUGAUACCCACCCCCGAUUACGCCCAAUACUCUCACCACCCAACCAUCAUGCCCGCCCACCCCCAACCUCAAUGGAUCAACCAUGCCCCCACCGCCCCAAGCCCAAUGCCCACCUCUCACCGCACCUAAUCCCCCCCGCCACCCAAUUGCCCACCGCCACCCCCAACCAUGCCACCCACCCAAACCGCAAGGCCCACCCACCCCCAACCCAAUGCCCACCCACCCGCCGUCAACCUCGAAUGCCAACUCCCAUCCCUCACCAAUGCCACUCCACCGCGCCCACCCAAUGCCCACACCCAGCCCCCAACCCAUAUGUCCCCACCCACCCCUAG